AUGUAUGCAUUUGCUAUUUCUCUCAACACCAAGCUUCCACUUUUCUGGUCACCAGUUCCCGACUCUGCAGCUCUGACCACAGAUUCUACAUAUUUCUUCUCGCUUGCAGGAGAUGUUGACAUUAUUGCCUUAGACAUUUCCCACACUCUUUAUCACAGGGAAAGGUUAAUUUUAUUUCCAGAUGGCUCCUUUCUCACCAAUACUUGGACUGUUCAGAAAGUAUUGUCUUGUUUACUUGAUGAAUUCAUAAAAAAUGGAACCAAAAGAAAAUACUCUUCAUCUUGGUCAGAAAAACAACUAAUAGAGUUUUGGACAGAAAAAGUUCACAGAUUUGGUUGCAUAUCACUUCAGAACCUUACUGGUCAUGCAUCUCAGCUUUCUGCAGAAGCUCGAAAUGCUUUUGGUACUUCUAAAACAGCUCUGAAAAAGUUUUUAUCUCAACAUCCAGAUGUUUUUUACAUUGAUAACAAAAAUAAUGUCUGGCCCGCUCUAAGUAAACGUGAAAAAACCUUUCCUGUGUCUGUAAGUGAUCAUAAAGAAGAAAUAAAUACUGAAAAUGUAGAUGAAAACCAAUGGCAAGACAUUUCUGAAUCACUUGAUAACAUUUGUGAAUCAGUUGGUAAAAUUUAUCGACUAUUCCCAGUUUAUGGUUUUAUCACUAUUACACAGCCUGUAAAAACUACUGUAUAUUUUGAUGUUGGGACCUUUGAAGAUGGAACCAAGUCAAAGCUUUAUGAGUACAAUAUUAAACCUGAAGAUGUUGUUUAUUUGAAUGCCAAAAGAGGCCCAGAAGGCUGUGAAGCUCAUUUUCGUGCAACAAAAGUUUGGAGACCAGGUUACAAUCUAAAUAUAGAAGAUAAGAAUGUUUCUGACUUAGAGAAUAGAAUCUUAAAUGGUCAUGGAGUAAUCCAGAACAUUUUUAAUCGGUAUGGAUUUAUUCAGCAAGACAACCAACUACACAGAACUGUUUUCUUCCACAUUAGAGACAUUGAAAAUCCAACAGGAGAACAUUUUGAUAAAUUAGAAGAUGUACUGAAGAAGGGAGAAAAAGUCGGGUUUCAUGCUGUUCCUUCAUCUUUGAAAAACUCUAUAGCAAAGUGGCAAGCAACUAGUGUGUUUAUUAAACAUUUUGAAAAUAAGUCUAUGUUCACCAUUGAGGAUGACCAAACUAUUUUAAACUCGCAUUGUUCUUCAAGUUCGGAUAAGAGUGAUAGUAGCUUUUCUAAUUAUGAAACUUUACAUGAACCAAAAAAAACAUAAAUCCGAAAAACACAUUUCACCAAACUGUAAACAGUAUCAGGAAAAUAAAUGUGAAAAAUGGUUUACCAUUGCAACAUGAUAGUAAAGGCUACACAACCCAACCAGCCAUGUCAAAUACUUCAGCUCAUUUUUUGUCUUCUAAAACCAAUUCCUUUAAACAGGGGUUGAUUGGGAAAUCAAACCAGUGGCUUAACCCUCAGUCUCUGAACGGUGGCUUCAGGCAAGUAAAACAUAACGAAAUGUUAGAUGUGCCUUUGAGAAACGAACAGAAUGUUGGAAGAUCUAUUUCUGCAGAAGAGAAUGGUUUGAGUAAUUUAAGGUACUUGGAAGAAACACCAACAAGUGUCACCUCUGCAUUUGUUUCUGAAAAUAAUGAAAUCCGUCCAUUAAUGUUUGGUGCCAGAAAAUCCACAACUUCAACUUCUCCUAUAGAGAGUCUUUCUUCUGUGCAUCAGACUGGAUCACUGGUUGACUUGAAAGAAACCUGUGGUUAUUCUUUAGGUUCACCUUCCUCUGUAGAUUCUGGCUUAAUCAAGU